AAGUCCGGACUUCAGGACCUGGGCGGGUAGGGCAGGCUGAGGGUGGCCGAAGGCGCACGGAUCUCGGCGCCCUGGAAGUCUGGGUUCGGCAAUGUCUUUGCUGUGUGGCCUUGGGCAAGUCACUCUCCAUCUCUGGGCUCCACUUCCUCCCCAUUCCAAAAACAGGAUUUCGUUCCUAGCUGCUCGAGCAUUCCCGAGGAGCGGCGGCAUGGAGGCUCUCACCACUCAGCUGGGGCCGGGGCGCGAGGGCAACUCUUCACCCAACUCGAAGCAGGAGCUGCAGCCCUACUCGGGCUCCAGCGCUCUCAAACCCAACCAGGUGGGCGAGACAUCGCUGUACGGGGUGCCUAUCGUGUCUCUGGUCAUCGAUGGCCAGGAGCGCCUGUGUCUGGCGCAGAUCUCCAACACCCUCCUCAAGAACUACAGCUACAAUGAGAUCCACAACCGCCGCGUGGCUCUGGGCAUCACGUGCGUGCAAUGCACGCCAGUGCAGCUGGAAAUUCUGCGUCGGGCUGGGGCCAUGCCUAUCUCAUCACGCCGCUGCGGCAUGAUCACGAAGCGCGAGGCCGAACGCCUGUGCAAGUCGUUCCUAGGCGAGCACAAGCCACCCAAGCUGCCCGAGAACUUCGCCUUCGAUGUUGUGCACGAGUGUGCGUGGGGCUCGCGUGGCAGCUUCAUCCCCGCGCGUUACAACAGCUCUCGUGCCAAGUGCAUCAAGUGCGGUUACUGCAGCAUGUACUUCUCGCCUAACAAGUUCAUUUUCCACUCGCACCGCACACCCGACGCCAAGUAUACUCAGCCCGACGCCGCCAACUUCAACUCGUGGCGCCGUCACCUUAAACUCAGUGACAAGUCGGCCACAGACGAACUGAGCCACGCUUGGGAGGACGUCAAGGCCAUGUUCAAUGGCGGCACUCGCAAGCGGACCUUCUCGCUGCAAGGAGGCGGUGGCAGUGGUGCUAAUGGAGGGUCGGGUGGGCAGGGGAAAGGUGGCGCCGGCGGCGGUGGGGGAGGCCCGGGGUGCAGUGCGGAGAUGGCCCCAGGCCCGCCGCCCCACAAAAGCCUGCGUUGUGGCGAAGACGACGCCGCCGGACCUCCUGGGCCGCCGCCUCCCCACCCGCAGCGGGGACUUGGUCUGACAGCGGGAGCCGGCGGCCCCGCGGGUCCUGGAGGGCCUGGUGGAGGCGCCGGCGUACGUAGCUACCCGGUGAUCCCAGUGCCCAGCAAGGGCUUUGGCCUCUUGCAGAAGCUUCCCCCGCCGCUUUUCCCUCACCCCUACGGCUUCCCCACGGCCUUUGGCCUCUGCCCCAAAAAGGACGACCCGGUGCUAGGGGCGGGCGAACCUAAGGGCGGCCCAGGCGCCGGGAGUGGCGGGGGCGCGGGCACUGGCGGCGGCGCGGGAGGCCCAGGAACUGGCCACCUGCCCCCGGGGACCGGGCCUGGCCCGGGUGGUGGCGCCAUGUUCUGGGGUCACCAGCCCUCUGGGGCAGCCAAGGACGCUGCAGCGGUGGCUGCAGCGGCCGCCGCAGCCACUGUGUACCCGACGUUUCCCAUGUUCUGGCCGGCGGCAGGCAGUCUCCCGGUGCCACCCUAUCCAGCUGCGCAGAGCCAAGCUAAGGCCGUGGCGGCCGCCGUAGCGGCGGCAGCGGCAGCGGCGGCAGCUGCUGCGGGUGGCGGCGGCCCCGAGCCUCUGGAUGGUGCCGAGCCAGCCAAGGAGGGAGGCCUGGGCGCAGAGGAGCGCUGCCCGAGCGCGCUGUCCCGCGGGCCGCUGGACGAGGACGGCGCGGACGAGGCGCUGCCGCCUCCCCUGGCCCCGUUGCCCCCGCCGCCGCCGCCCGCGCGCAAAGGUUCCUACGUGUCGGCCUUCCGGCCUGUGGUGAAGGACGCCGAGAGCAUCGCUAAGCUCUACGGUAGCGCCCGCGACGCUUACGGCGCGGGGCCCGCGCGGGGGCCGGGGCCAGGGCCGGGCACGGGGUCCAGCGGCGGCUAUGUGAGCCCGGACUUUCUGAGCGAGGGCAGCUCCAGCUACCACUCCGCUUCGCCCGACGUGGACACUGCCGAUGAGCCCGAGGUGGACGUGGAGUCCAACCGAUUCCCCGACGACGAGGGCACACCGGACGAGACGGAGCCCACCGCCACCGGCGCGCCCAGCACAGGAGGCGGCCCAGACGGCGACCAGCCCGCUGGGCCCCCGUCUACCAACUCCUCCGGUGCCGAAGGUCCCACAGACUCUCCCGACGGCAGUAGUCCUCGUCCCCGGCGCCGCCCGGGGCUACCCUCAGCCAGCCGGUCCGUGUUUGGGGACUUGGCGGCCGAGGAUGUGGUGCGGAGACCUGAGCGGAGCCCGCCCAAUGGCAGCUAUGAGCUGCGAGAGCCUUGCGGGCCGCUGGGGGGCCCCCCGCCGGCCAAGGUAUACGCGCCCGAGCCAGACGAGCACGUGAAGAGCGCGGCGGCGGCGUUGGGGCCCGCGGCCUCCUACCUCUGCACCCCCGAGGCCCACGAGCCAGAUAAAGAAGACAAUCACUCGACUGCCGACGAUUUGGAAACGAGGAAAUCCUAUCCAGACCAAAGGAGUAUCUCCCAGCCAAGUCCUGCAAAUACAGACCGAGGCGAAGAUGGGCUCACCCUGGAUGUCACAGCAACUCAGCUAGUGGAGAAAGAUAUUGAGAACCUGGCCAGAGAUGAAUUGCAAAAACUGCUCCUGGAGCAAAUGGAGCUCCGCAAGAAGCUGGAGCGAGAAUUUCAGAGUCUCAAAGAUAAUUUUCAGGAUCAAAUGAAGAGGGAAUUGGCUUAUCGAGAAGAAAUGGUGCAACAGCUGCAAAUUGUCAGAGACACUCUGUGUAACGAACUCGACCAAGAGCGGAAGGCGCGCUAUGCCAUCCAGCAGAAGUUAAAAGAAGCCCACGACGCCCUGCACCACUUCUCCUGCAAGAUGCUGACUCCCCGCCACUGCACUGGCAACUGCUCCUUCAAGCCCCCGCUGUUGCCCUAGGGUCGGCCCCGCCGCGCCCACGCACCCUCAAGCCAUGCUGCUCUCUUCUUGUAAAUACCCACGGCCGAGGCGGCCGAGAGCGAGGAACAAGCCAUUUGGACCGGACCGAUGUAAAUACAACCUCCCUCCCGCCCGCCCUCUUCCCGGGCGCCUGGGCCAUGCCCGCCAGCUCACGGGCGCCCCUGCCCAGGGCCCGUCUCUGUUUCCAAGUGUAAAUACCAUUUCGCCUCACGGGUGAACUCCAGGGCAUUGGACUCAUGAGGUUAACUGGACAGAAGGAGAUAAUAAAGGGAAGGGGGGGUCUCUCUUUGCCCCAGUACAGCCUCGGACCCCCAAUUGUGAUUAUAAUGUAGCAGCUUCGCUGGCGCUGGCCCUGCGCUCCCCGUCCAGUCCACUUCUGAAACUUGUUCCUAAUGACAAAGUGGCUAUGUGCAAUGGAUAUAAAUGUACUGUGAGUCUUUUGGUUCAGCACUGAAUUUACUUUAAUUUAUUUAUGCUGUAUGUUAUUUUGUUUCCUUCUCCUGGACCUACUUCCUGUCCCGUUUUUCAGUCCCUUUUGCUUUGUCUUUGUUUUGUUGUAACCUCUUGAUGUAACAGCACUUUAAAAAAGGGCGACAGCUGACUCACGAGAUGGAGACCACCUUGAGCCUGUUUGGGGAGACCACCCUGUAUCCGUAAUUUUUGUUUUGUUUUUAAUAAAAA